AAUUUACUCAUCAACAAUAGCCAAUUAAAUAUAUUAUGAACACACAAACAAUAUUUAAUUUAUGCACUUUUUCUACAGAACAAUGAGUUCUUGUCCCCCAAAACCACCAGACCCUUGUGCUCAAGUGUGCCCUCCACCACUGCCUCCACCCCCGUGCAGAGUGAAGCCAAUAAUGCGUGGUUUACACUGGUCGCAGACGAAAGCUACAUUAAUUCAAGCUUUGUGUCUCAGCUGUUUGGCUGGGUCUUGUGUGUACUUCUUUAUCGGAAGACCGCGGCGAGCCAGAUACAAGGAGUAUUAUGCGAGAGGAGAAUUCGAAGAUUGGGCAGACGAGAUGGCAAGAAAAGGAUUAUUCCAAGCUGUUCCAAAAGAAAGUUUAAAGGAUAAUGUGCCUAAAAAAUAAAAUAAGCUGUUGUUUAAUAAAUGUCUUAAAAUAA